UAGCAAGCAGCUGAGCUGAGCGAGCAGAGCAUCUGGCUCGCCCACAUCCCGAUCCCCGUAUAACCGAGGACUAGGCGAGAACGACGACGAACGAGUACGAGAAUAGCGGAGAGUAACGAGGAGAGAGUAAAGGAGUAAAGGCGGCAAGGUUUAGGCAGGGAGUAGCAGCUCGGCGAGUAUCGUCCCGAUAAUAAAAUAGGCAUAAACAGGCUUAUAUUGUAAGGAUGGCCGGGGCGAUGCUGUCCAAUUAUUCCCGGUGCGUGCCUCGCGCUCUAUUCCGUAUCGUAUCUUCGCCCACGACGAACGCCAGGGCGACGAGAUCGAUUCAUCAACGACGCGGCAAAGGCCGCGUGUUAGCCGCGAUCUCUGGAGAGCAACAGUUGACUGAAGAAACUAAGGCAUCAGUAUGUACGAAAAACAACUUUAAUCAGCACUGGAAAACGCACGUCAGGCAUAUCAGGUCUACAUCGUCGUUAUGGGAGCUGAAAGAUGUGACCGUACCUCCAUUCGCUGAGAGUGUAAGCGAAGGUGACGUCAGAUGGGAUAAAAAAGCUGGGGAUCAAGUGAAGGAGGAUGACGUACUUUGCGAAAUUGAAACUGACAAGACAUCCGUCCCAGUUCCUGCGCCCGUUUCUGGCGUCAUCAAGGAGAUAUUCGCCAACGACGGAGACACCGUUAAAGCUGGUCAAAAAUUGUGUUCAAUCGACGUCGGAGCCAGCGGUGGAGCCGCACCUGCUGCUGCGAAAGCGGAUGCACCAAAAGCAACCCCUCCUCCUCCUCCUCCCAGCCCUGCAGCAGCUACACCCAAACCCGCAGCUCCAACACCCCAACCAACUCAGGUAACUCCCCCUUCGCCUCCUCCUAAACCGACUACUCCACCCGCCUCGCGUCCUCCUCCACCUCAGGCACCAACAGCAUCGAUGCCUGUCGCUGCGAUAAAACACGCUCAGUCCUUAGAGGGAGCCAGAGUUCAACUACCACCCGAGGACUACAGCCGUGAAAUUAUCGGCACAAGAACUGAACAACGAGUGAAAAUGAACAGGAUGCGGCUGCGCAUAGCUGAGAGGCUAAAGGACGCUCAAAACACGAACGCGAUGUUAACAACGUUCAACGAAAUCGAUAUGAGCCAGAUGAUGGAAUUCCGCAAAGCGAAUCAAGAACUGUUCCUAAAGAAGUACGGACUGAAGUUGGGAUUCAUGAGCGCAUUCAUAGCGGCAAGUUCGUACGCAUUGAAAGAUCAGCCGGUUGUGAACGCGGUGAUAGACGGUAACGAAAUCGUCUACAGGGAUUUCGUCGACAUUAGCGUUGCCGUUGCGACACCUAAGGGUCUGGUUGUUCCUGUACUCCGCAGUGUUGAGAACAAGAACUUUGCGGAGAUAGAAAUAGCGCUGGCCGCUCUCGGUGACAAGGCAAAGAAGGGUAAAAUAUCCGUCGAAGACAUGGACGGUGGCACAUUUACUAUAAGCAACGGCGGCGUCUUCGGCUCUCUAAUGGGAACGCCCAUAAUAAAUCCACCCCAGAGCGCGAUCCUCGGUAUGCACGGCGUUUUCGACAGACCGAUAGCAGUUAAAGGACAGGUCGUCAUUCGACCGAUGAUGUACGUCGCGCUGACGUACGAUCACCGACUGAUCGACGGACGUGAAGCGGUAAUGUUCUUGCGCAAGAUCAAGAAUGCAGUUGAAGAUCCUCGAGUAAUAUUAGCAGGUUUGUAAUUUCUGAGGGAUAUAAAACGAAGGAAGAAAAGACAGGAAAUUCUUCACCCCGAAACGACGUGAACGAGAAACCAAACAAGGAGUUAGUAAGAAAGUAACAAAGAAUGAAAACAGUAGAGAAGAAUUUGUUGAUCUUUUUUAACGUGCCUCUCACCCCGUCUCUCGUCAUACAUAAAAUACGUGCACACAUGAUAUGUGAAUAUUUUGUAUAUAAUACCGUGUAUUAUAUAUGUAUGUAUGCACAUAAUCGUUUUCUUCUCCGUCAAACAAAAAAUAUCGUAAUACCAUCAUUUUAUAAAUACACCACCAUGGAUGUGAAAAUCGCCACCGUCGGGCCAACUGCCUAACUGAUAGUAAAGUAAAGUAAAGUAAAGUAAAGUAAUAUGUAUUCUGAAUCGCUUUCAGUCGAGAGAUGAGAAACUCUGGAUUAAUAUAUAACGUAUACGUACGUUGUUAUUGUUAUUGAUAUUAUUAUUAACGUAGGCUCUAAAUGAAAGAAAAAAAAAGAGAAGAAUAGU